AUGAGGUCAAUCCCAGCUUUGUUUGUACUUUUCUGUCUCCUUGUUCAUCCUACUUUUGCGCGACGCCCAUCUGAGCGAAUCCGGUUAGGGUUCUACCGCCGGUCAUGCCCCCGCGCCGAAUCAAUUGUUGCUAAUGUUGUUGCCAAACAUUUCCGUAGUGACAAUACCGUUACUGCAGCAUUAGUUCGCAUGCAAUUUCAUGACUGCUUUGUCAGGGGUUGUGAUGCUUCUCUCUUGAUUGACCCAACACCCGAAAGACAAUCAGAGAAAAGUGCCGUACCAAAUGCAAGCGUGAGAGGCUACGAGAUUAUUGAUGAGGCUAAGAAGCUGCUCGAGGCUGCAUGCGCCCGAACUGUUUCAUGCGCGGACAUUGUAACUCUCGCCACUAGAGACUCCGUGGCGUUAGCUGGUGGUCCAAGAUUUUUAGUGCCAACAGGAAGACGUGAUGGAUUAUUGUCAAACCCCGAUGAUGUAGAGUUGCCCGGACCAGCAUUUCCAGUUGCCAAUUCCAUCGAAUUAUUUGCAGCUCAUGGUUUGAAUACGGAAGACAUGGUUACACUUAUUGCUGGUGGCCACAGUGUUGGUGUCACGCAUUGUAGCUUCAUCCGAAAUAGAAUCAAUGACCCUGCAAUGAACAGAACAUUGAAUGCUAGGUUGAGGGACAUAUGUCGUGCUCCAAAUGACCCAUCAGUGUUCUUGGACCAAGGGACUCCAUUUACAGUGGAUAACGUGAUCUUUAGAGAGAUCGAAGCGCAAAGAGGAAUCCUAAAAAUUGAUCAAAACAUGGGUCUCGACAAUUCAACCCGUGAAACUGUGUCAACCUUUGCCUCAAACAAUAAAAUCUUUAGACGGAGAUUUGCCAAAGCAAUGGUCAAAAUGGGUACCAUAAGAGUUCUUACCGAACGUCUUGGAGAGAUCAGGAGAAACUGCAGAGUCUUCAACUAA